GCGUCGGACUCCAAAAUUCGUGAGCUUCUCGUUGUCGUGGUGGUGACUGAUUCAGGCUUCCGUCGCCGCUUUAAAAUAUGUGCAGGGCGCGAUGCCUGUUACUCUGCCUGCUGCUUUCCAUGGCGGCGUGUUCCACCGGCGAACCCGUUAACAACACUGCGACAUACGAGGCUGAACUCGUCCAGGAUUCCGGCGUUGUAAUCGGUGACCAGGAUCAAAUUGACGGCGGAUUUUCUUCCCUAGAUGGAAUGUUACAGUGGGCCAUAGGCCACUCGGAUCCAGCGGAACUUAAAGAAUCAGCUCAAGAUGUAAAGCGCUUGUCGCCGGAUGAGUUGCAGAGGCGGCAAUUGGAGUUAAAGGAGCUGUUAGAGAAGUUGAAGACGCCGUCAGACGCAGGGUUGAUGCAGAUAGCCAUAGCUGACUUGAGAAAUUCGUCCUUGUCUCUGGAGGAUCGUCACCGUGCUCUGGAGGAACUUUUAAUCCUCGUUGAGCCUAUCGACAAUGCAAAUGACCUGAGCAAAUUAGGAGGGCUUAGCGUUGUUGUGGAAGAGCUCAAUCAUUCUGACCCUGAUGUCAGGAGACUAUCGGCAUGGGUGCUUGGAAAAGCCAGCCAAAACAACCCCUUUGUGCAGCACCAGGUCCUUCAACUCGGGGCAUUACCGACACUGUUAAAGAUGAUGAAUUCAAGCUUUGUUGAGGAAGCUGUGAAAGCACUGUAUGCUGUUUCAACCGUGAUCAGGAACAACAUAGCUGGUCAGCACAUGUUCUAUGCAGAAAAUGGACAUAUUAUGCUUCAGGAUGUAAUGAACAACUCAAGCAUGGAUAUUAGACUGAGAAGAAAAGCCGUAUUCUUAGUGGGUGAUCUGGCCCAGUGUCAGCUAGAAAACACGGAAAGAUCAGAGCUUCCUUUCCUAAGCGAUGGUUUGUUCGUAAAGUCUGUGGUUGAUUUGAUUGCAUCUGCUGAUCUUGAUCUCCAGGAGAAGGCGCUUGAGGCAAUCAAGAGUCUCGUACAGCUUAAGAGUGCAGAGCCUCGGGUUUUGGGAGACAUUUGUGGAUUGGAAGGAGCGUUGGAGAGGAUGAAGGUGCAACUGCAGGAGUCAAUGGCAGAUGAAUACAAGAGAGACUAUGCCGCAGAUGUGGAGAGCCUUCGGGUGGAAGUGGAAUCGAUCUUCCGGACAAGGCUCCAAACUUCAAUGAUUGGUGGACCCUCUAAUGUCCAGAAACAGUAAAAAAAAUGAUCGGAUGCCUUCGUUUUCUUUCAGAAGCAUUUCUAGGCACUGGAUUUUCCUUCCGACAGAUACAGACAGCGGAGUGAGUAACGUGUGAUCCAUUUUUUUUUAUUGGUUCACAAUGAAGAGAUGAAAGUUCUAGUGGUAUGGGAAUUGGUCUUACAUGUUUUAACGAGAAUUUGUCUGUGGGUUUUUUUCUUCUUUGGAGCGUGCAAGAAAGAGGGGUUUCUUCUUCUUGGCCUCACCUCACCUUCUCUCCAGUGGAAUUUACAGAGAACACUUGGCCCUAAGAAUACAGCUUUUCUUCUCUUUUCAACUAGACUUGUCAUUAUGUCACAAAAUCGUUUGCGAAUGUUUUGGACACGUGCGUCCAUUCUCAUCUAA